AGUACUAGUCACCGUGUUGUCGACGCUGAGGGCCGGAUCAUGAUGCAGAUGGUGCCGAGUCCAGCAAAUGCGGACAACACGGGGUGGAAUCAGUCGAUGGACGACCUUGUCGGCCUUAUCAGGGAGGUACGGGAGGACAGCACCUUUCAAAUUUCCUCCGGACGUCGGGGCGACUUCUCGUCCAUCACCACGGGGAUAUCUAUGGGGCAAGGGAGCCUGCGUCCCGGUCGACUCCUGCUAAAGCCUUGGGAGAAGUUGGCCGAUGAACGUCUUCGUGCAAGCCCGGGCCUGAGAAGGCUAGCAGGUUACCAAUCCUAUACUAUGGCGUACGCCUUCCCUAAAGCCUACGGCCACCUGUAUGAGACCCUUGACGACUACAUCCUGCAGCACCCGGACGCGUGCAUGAACUUUCCGGGGGCCUCCAUCUACUCCGGUAUGACGGUUAACUUGGGCCCUUUGACCUGCUGCUCCACACACCUUGACUCCAUGAACUACCCCGGCAUCCCUUGCGUCGUCACGUCUCUUGGCCGAUUCAACCAUCAAGUGGGGGCGCAGAUGAACUACCCCCGACUCAAGAUGGUCGUCGACUUCCCCUCCUACUCGUCUAUCUACAUGCCCUCUGCCGGCGUUGAUCACGGGAACACACUACUUCCAGGCAGAUACACCCCCGGUCUCAAUGAGAGGGCCUCAGUCACACAGUACGUGGCAGGGGGUCUCAUGCGAUACUGUGCUCUCGGUUAUCGGAAGGUGAACGACUUGAGGGACUUGAGGGACGACGUCGAUCCGCCAGGGCAGAACUUCACUGAGCUGCUGGGUCGAUACUCCACGACCGAGAGCCUAGAGGACGACAGGAAGUCCGUGUUG